AUGGUGUACUUCAGGAGCAAGAAUUUUGGGAUAAUGGACUUUUCUCGCGAAUGUUUCCAAACGGUCUAUCAGAACAAGCAUGGUAUUGAUAGUCUGUACAUCACAAAGAUUGGAGUGCUGCUUGCGUCUGAACAGAAGGCGAUUAUUGUGAAGAAUGAAAGUGAGGAGCAGGAGACAAAGAUAGUUGGCAAGUUUGAUAGGAACGUGACAUGUGUAGCAACGGAUGGUGAUUUGAUUGCGUGUGGAGACGAGUCUGGACAGGUAAGAGUGGUUAUAAACAGAAGAAACACACUGAGAAGAUAUUGCGAACACACUGCAAGAAUAAAUGAGUUAAAAGUGAAUGAACGGAUGGUGAUAAGCUGCAGUGAUGACAUGACAGUCAAAGUAUUUGACAUAGGAAAGCAGGAGAGUGUCUGGACUGUUUCUGAUAGCAAUGACUAUGUGAAGGGGAUUGAUGUGAUGGAUGGAGUUCUGUAUUCUGGAUCUUAUGAUGGGCAUGUCAAUGGAUAUAUAUUGGAUAGGCAAGAAAGGGUAUUUUCGUAUGACUCUAGAUGUAAGGUGUCUAAGGUAUGUGGGCUUGGAGGGUUUAGAGUGGCGUUUUCAUGUCUUAACGAGGUGCGAGUGAUUGAAGCGAAUGAUUGUGGAGAAGUUGAAGAGAUUGGCAAAAGCAUGCACAUCAAGGAGGUUACAGGAAUGAAAUACUAUGAAGGAAGACUAUAUACCUCGUCACUGGAUGCAAGUAUACGUGUGUUUACAAAAGAUCUUGUGAUGAUAUCUAAGGUAAGAACUAGAUAUGGCAUACUAAGUCUUAACAUACUGGACGGUGUAUUAUGGAUAGGGCUGGUGGAUGGACAAAUCCAAAAGCUUCAAAAAGAAAAGGAACAAGUCAAGAAGAGAAGAAAGGUUUAUAAGAAGAGUGUUGAUGACCUAGAAGAUGAAAUAGAUGUUGAGGUGGUGAAGUCGCUGAAGAAGAAAUACGAUGCAGUUGAAGGGAAGCUAAAUAGAUAUGAAUAUAAGAGGUCGAUGAUGGGAGCAAUCCGGAAGAGAGACAUGCAAGAGAUUUUUGCAGUGAUGAGCUAUAUACAAGAGAAAAGGGAGUUUGAGCAUGCAUUUCUUGAUCUUGACCGAGGGGCAUUAGGAGAAGUGAUUGAUGCAAUGACUGAGUUUUUCAGUAUCAAGGAGUUUAUUCCGAUAUUUAUAGAGUGUUUUGAAGAGAUAUGCAGUCAGUACGAGAGGGACAUUUGUGAUGACAGGAGACUGAGCAGCAAGAUGGAAGUAUUGGCUGGAGUGAUCGAUGAAGAGAUUUUUUUUCAGGAGGAGAACCUGCGCACUAUUUCGUUGCUUGAGUGUUUUCAGGCAGAUGUGUGCUGA